UAUUAAUAAAAUCAUAUGUUUUAAUAACGAAAUUAUCAUAUGUUUACCGGAGACGACUGUCAUAUUAUGAAUUCUAAUUUGUAAUUUUUUUCUCUUCUAAUCACGCCUCCUUGGACAUUGUUCAUCAUUGCAAUAGAGAAAAAUUUAAAGUUUUGUGGGUUUUCGAAAACAAUAAGAAAUGACUUCAGAAAAUACAACUACGGAUACCCCUAUACCUGAUAUCCCCGCACCAGAUUCCCCUACACCAGUUGCCUAUGUACCAGAUCCUCAUUCACGAGAUUUACAUGAACCAGGUACACCUAAAGUUACUAAAACAAUAACAGCUGAUGGCAGAGAAAUGAUAUGCACGGAAGUGGAGACAUCAUCGGAAGGGGGGAGAACACCGGAAGGGAAGAAAUCUCCGGGAGUUGACAAACUCAAAAAAAUAACUUUAUCCACAUGCCCACCUGAUCCGCGCUUCCAGCAGCAGAAUAAGACGAAGUGGUGUUACCGAAUGUUCAUCGACUUCCAUAGUAUUCUUGAACUGAGUAAUAUUUCGCGCAUGAAAAAAGAAAUUAAAGAAUACUUUAACGAAAAACUUGAAGAAAUGUCUGCCGAGGAAUCAAAACCCAAAGAAAAGAAAAAUCUUGUUGCAGCGGGUGGAAUUAUAUGCUAUGAGGAAGAGAAGGUUGAAAAAACGGCAACCGUUUUGUCUACAUGCCCGCCGGAUCCUAGGUUUCAACAGCCGAACAAGACGAAAUGGUGUUACCGAAUGUUCAUUGACUUCCAGAGGUGCUCACAUUUAUUAGGUGAAGAUAGCGGUCAUUGUAAAAUAUUUAAGAAAUGUUACGAGUGCCUUUGCCCGAACCAGUGGGUGAGGGACUGGUAUGAACAGAUCGAGGAUGGCACGUUUCCGAGAGAUUUGGAACAAGAUAUGGGUUGAUAAGAUCGUCAAUGUCAAUGCGGUUCUACGUGGAAAAAAAUACAAUAAUUUAUUAUACAAUUUUUAAAUUUUA